GUGAAGCUAGGAGGAUAGAUAAGGUUAAGGCAGUUAGUAAUUAUUCACCAAUAGGUGACAAACACACACAAAACAUAAAAGGUGAUUAGAAGAAUGUAUAAGCUCGUAUUUCUGGUGGUAGCUGGUGCAGCUGUAGUGUACUGCAGUGAUGAUAUUGUAAACAACAACAGAGCUUGCCCUGAAGGCUACUUUUACGCUGGAGAGCCGAAGUACAAAGAAACACGUGGUGAAUUCUGGGAGAAAGGACCGACAAGUCCUGUGUACAGCUGUUAUAGAUUUAAUAGGGGCAAUUUUAGCUUCCCAGGAGCUAGCCUCAGUUGCAAUGAGGUCAAGGGGGAGCUAAUCAGCAUCAAUGAUGACUUUGAGGACAACAUCCUCAACUCGGUGGACUUUAGGAAUCAAAUAGCUCGCCAGCUGAUGGAUGAUGUUAUGGCUGGAGUAUUUACAUCUGGUAUACAGCUAGCACCUGAUACUUGGACCUGGUUCGGAGUAGAUGAGCCUGUGGAUGAAGAUAUUGCUGGAGAUAUUGAUGUUUCUCCUGAUAGUAGCCCUGCUGUCAAAUGUCUGACAAUUAGAUGGGAGGAUAAUGAAAAUGGAACCAAUCUUGUGUACAGUGCUGAAUCCUGUACAAAUACAUUUAAUGUCUCGCUUUGCGAGGUUCGUGUCUACACCCAGACUUGGUAUGUUUGGUUCUACAUUAACUGGCUUCAGGUUCUUUUCUUUUUCACUAUGUUUAUGCUUCUGGUCAGCCUUUGCUGUGUCUUCCAGAUGUGGUCUGUACAGAAGAGUCGACUUGUUGCAGUCCGUAGUAAUCCUAACUCUCCACCUCCAUACACACCUCACCCGUCACACACAGUGAAUGCUGGUAACCGUUAUAUGGAGAAGGGAAGAGAUAUCUUGGCCAAGGUUACUUUCUACAAGCAGAGGACUGACGAGAAGCGCCCCCUGGCAUAACUUGGAAGAUUUUAUCAAUUCUUACGGAAACAUAUAAAAUGCUACAUUGAAAACCAGUAAACUCCGCAACAGGAAGACGACUUUUAGAAAGUCCGUGAAACGUUUGACACAGCAAUUGUUCACUAUACAUUGUAUUUACAGUGUAGACAGAUUCAUUUCAAAAGAGUAAAACUUUCUGCUUUGUACCAAGUCUAAAUACAUUUAUGCUUAAAUGUCGUCUUCAUAUUUCAAAGUUUUCUGAUUCUCACCUGUAUCUAGGAUUGUUUUUCCAUGAAAUCUUACAUAUUUAUUCUAAACUACGCAGUUACGAUUUAUUUAAACUAUUUGCAGAUAAUAAUAAUAAUUUAAACAUUUAAAUUUUGAACUUUAAUACGAACUGUGUUUUAUUGUGAUUGAAAUAAAACUCUUAUCUUGUUGAA